UCAGGUGACGUCACUCGAUGAAAGGGAAUUCUGCAUCAAACCCGCGCAGCAGAUCAGAUCACACAAGACCGAGCUGUUGCUUUAAACCCAUGCCUGCCCCGGGAUCAUGCAGUUAGACCGUCCUUGUUUUCAUAUCGGAGUUUGUGCAUUUGCAGAUAUUCGGAUUAACACAUGGAGGGGUGUAAGUGAAUAAACAGGCUCGUUUAAAGCGCUUUUGUCCAGGACGUGUCUGAAGCUUUGAUGCGCAUGCUGAUGGGAGAUCAGAUUACAGGCAUCAGACCGCAGGCUUUCAUCUGAGCUCUUACUUCAGAGCUGGACACGGGACGGGUUCAGACCUCAGCGGCGAGCACACUGGAUCACAUCCCGAGCAGCUUUCCGUAGGAGACGGCAAUCUCUCGAGCGACUCAUUAUCGUGUAUGUGGGAAAGACCUUUCACAAUGCCCCGGGUUCUGAUCCUCUCCAGUUUUCCUCUUCAGUGGAUACUUGUCCUUCCACUGUGUGUUAUGUUUGCAGUUAUGGCAGAGGAGAGAAGAGAUUGCAGGGAGCAGGAAUACAAGGAUACGUUUGGAAACUGUAUUCCCUGCCGGCAGUGUGAUGCUGGACAAGAGCUAUCCAAGGAAUGUGGCUUUGGCUAUGGGGAGGAUGCCCAGUGUGUGCCCUGCAGAGCCAGUCGCUUCAAAGAGGACCGCAGCCUGCAGAAAUGCAAGCCCUGUCUGGACUGUUCCCUCCUCAACCGCUUCCAGAAGGGGAACUGCUCCACCACGAGCAACGCCGUAUGCGGAGACUGCCUGCCCGGGUUUUACAGAAAGACGAAGUUGAGUGGAUUCCAGGAUAUGGAGUGUAUUCCAUGUGGAGAUCCGCCACCACCAUAUGAACCAAAUUGUAUGGGGCGAGUAGAUUUUGUACCUGUCCAGCCUGCGGUGACCAGCCCCAGAGACAUGGCUCUAGCUGCGGUCAUCUGCAGUGCGCUGGCCACCGUCCUGCUCGCCCUCUUCAUCCUGUGCAUCAUCUACUGUAAGAGACAACUGCUGGAGAAGAAACCAGUUUCAUUGAGGUCCCAUGAGGGUCCUUAUGUGGGGUCCGAGUUGUCUUGUUUGGAUCGGAGAGCUCUGGAGUUUUCCCAGCGGCCUUGUUGUCACUGUCGUCACGGAUCGGGACAGACCUGCGGUCCUGUGCACCUGAUCCCGUCUCUGUGCUGCGAUGACACCUGGAGCCAGAGCCGUGGCCGAGAGACUCGUCCCUUUCACUCUCACAACGGUCUCAAUGAAGGGAUGACCUACUCUUAUCUCACCUGUUGUUGGUCUCUGAGAGCCCCUCUGGAGGUAGAAAGAGCAAAGGAAGAUCCCACCUCAGAUUACAUCAGGCCACACACACUGAAAACGUGUGUUUUGCCGUCAUUCUCCAGUUGUGUGUGACGCUCGCCAACAGCGGCCUAAAGAGACUUUAUUAAUGUGUAAACAAAAGCACACAAGACAAAAGAUUGCUGUCUUUUGUAAAGAAAGCACUAGAUGUUUAGUUAUGUGCCCAAGCACUGACUACCUGUUGAAGUUAAGGUUCAGCUGCAGUCGACCUGAAUGGUUUGCAUUGCUCUUUGCAGUACAUUCCAGUUCCAUAGAUCAACCUGCGCUUGUGUGUGCUGAACUGUAGAUAUUGUAUUAUAGGAAAUAGAAGGACAAUAUUUUUAUAAUAUAGAUACCCAUCUUGUGCCUUCACUCUUGCUUUUCGUAAUGAUGUAUUGCGAAUUCAUAUUUUGUUGCUCAUCAAAUUUGUAAAUAAAACUUUAUAAGCUUUGCUGGAGUAUUGAAUGAAAAUGUCAUGCACAAAUUAUCUAAAAAUGAUACAAACUUUAAUAUACAAAACACUAUUUUUAGAUAUACACUAGGAGUAAAUUAGCAUCACUCCUUUUUUGAGGACAAAAAAAAAAUGUUUCAUUACUUACAAUAUUAAACCACUUUUAUAUAGCUCUCUCACACACA